GUUGUGAGUCAGUUGUGAACAGGUCAUACCACAGAGAGACUUCUGCAUAUUACAUAAUUCAUUUUUAACCCUGAAACAUCACUACUGAGUGAAUUUAGGUUAAGAAAGAUAUUAAGGGUGUUUAUGUAUUUUAGACUACAGCUACAAAUUUAGAGAAAAAAAAAUUAAAUGUUUUUUUAAAACAGAUUAGGUACCUGGUAUAAUUUCUUGGAUUGGAUUACCUCACGCUAGAGAGCUGACAACAGUAUGGCUGUGAUCCUGUGGACUAUGGGUGUCUUUCUGCUCAUGCAGGGCAGUUUGUGCAGUGUUGGACAGACUGACAGAGGCUGCAUGAAAUGGAAACCUGUUGGAGAAAAUGUUUGUUGUGAAGCCUGUCAUCCUGGAAACCGCCUGGUCAAAGAGUGUGGUCGGAGCCCAAAAGAACUCUGUAUUCCUUGUGAGCCAAGGACAUAUACAGUGAAACCUAAAGAAUUCAGGUGUGCAAGGUGUACACAGUGUAUAGUACCUCAAGUCCAAGUUGAACAAUGCACAGCCACAACUGACACAAAGUGUGGCUGUAUGGAAGGACUCAUCUGUGGUGAUGACCGCUGUUCCUUCUGUAUUGACAAGUGUGACAGAGGUCAGGAACCUACAAAGGAACGUUCUUGCAGACCAUGUCCAGAUGGAACCUUCAACGAUAAAAGUCACCAGAUGUGUAAACCCUGGAGUAUCAAGUGUUCCAAACCAUAUCAAAACAUUGUGGCCAAGGGAACUGCAUUUACUGACAUUAAGUGUGCUAAUGUUUCACUUAGUCCAGUACAUCGUCCAAACCAACCUGAUCACACUGAACAGGCAUGGCCAUUGGUCUUAUCUGUGGUCACCAGCGUGGUUCUGAUAUCCUUCUGCAUCAUCAUCAUCGUCAUUGUGGGCAUGAAAAUCAACCAGAAAAGAAAGAAGACAAAAAAGACUAUCACAAAAACACAGAUAAUCAGAACCCCUACAGAUGACCCCGCGACAUUAAUAGCAAUUGAGUGCAGUUUCCACGAGGCCCAGCAAGAGCAGGGAAGCAGCACAGAGUCACUUGACUCCAAAGACUCCUCAGAGCAGCUCAUUGGAUGAAUGGAAGGGAACUGGACCAGACUACCACACUGAAAUACCUGUUAAGGUUUUGUUGAAUUCUGUGAAAAGGAAAAGGAUAUCCUGAACAAGAUAGGGGCCUUCUUUGUGAUACUGAGCCACAAGUUUUGAGGACAUGUUUGUUUUCAUAAUGAAAAGUUUCUUUCACUAAAUGAAAGAAACAGAACACCAAGCUGUCUUUUGUCCACUCUUUUUCUUUAGGAAGCUACUGUAAACAUAUUGAUAUGUCAGGGUUUUGCUCUACAAUUACACCAGGAUACACUUCUAGUGAUCUCUUGAUGAUUCAGGGGAAUUCUGAGAGGGGAAAAAACAAAGUGGACUUACAGCAGGCUAUUCAUCAUGCAAAUUAUAGCAGGCAGUGAGGCUGUGUUUUUUCCCUUUCAGUUAAGCUUUGAAAAUAGAUUGGUCUUAAAAUAACUAUAGCGAUUAGAUAAGGUUUACAAUUUCUGGAUUCAGUUAAUGGUAAGACAACAUAUUGUCCAUUAACACAUUAAGACUCAUAACCUUUAGAAAAUGCUGGAAAAAAACAUUUUUGUUUUCGUUUUAACUUGCUCUCAAAGUAGCUGGACUUGGGGCAUUGGGCUGUGUAAAAAUAGUACUGUAGUGUUUGAAUGAGUGUAAAUGAGUUUCACUACUGUAAUACUAGCAUGACUGAAUGGUAAAGAGUGUUUGCUAUGUGUGAAUGUACAGUAAUAAUGAGCCCACAUAUAGCUCCCAAAAUAGAUGUUUUGUUUUAUUCAGGUUCCAGUGUCUAGCCCAUUUAUCUCCUGUUGACUGUUGAAUUUGUACAUGUAUAGCCCUGGUUAUGUUGAAGCAGCUUAACUAGAACAAUGUUGUCUCAUUCACAAUUUAAUGUGGUGGAAUAUGAGGUAUCAGGGGCUGGUUUAUGUUGUAGUGUUUGUUUUAGUUUAUUAUUUAAAUGUGUACACAGUAGGUGGACUACUUUGUGUUAUAAAUUGUGAACGUAAUAGUACACAGAACAAUACAUUUACUAUUGUAAACAAAGCCAUCAGGUUGAGGACAGCUUUGUAUGUACCUUCCUCCUCUCUACAUUACCAGGAAUGAUAUGGACUUUCCUACCAUUGCUUCAUUGGUGUCAAAAAGUCCAGUCAAGGGAGUUUCCCUUUUUGUCAAGACCAGAUAUUAAGUUCAAGGGAGUCUACAGUAAAGUACAGUCUGCACAACUACUGUACUGUGGUCUUUUUGAGAGGCAGAUAUUUUGGUUAAAGUUGAACAGCACUCCUUUAGCAAGCAGAGGCAUGCCUAUUGAGCAAGAGUUGGAUGAGCAACACAGUGGAUAUGCCAUAUUGAAAAUCUGAGAUAACAUUUCAGAUAAUAGGAUAGGACAGGAUCAGUCAUGUGUUACGAACACAUUUUUUAAAUUCCAUUAAGUGUGCCAUGUGGGAAUUCCUUGGGACAAAUAUGACACACUUAUGUGGCACAAGACAUCAAAAUGCAGCUCAAGGGUCAUGUGGAAACCCCCCGAGUCAGUCCUGUACUUCUUAUUGCCUAAUUGUCUAGCAUAAUGGAGUGGGCAGCAAGACAGACCCAGUGGAACGCUUCUCAAAAACGUGUGUAUUCUGAACUGUAGCAGGCGUAUCUGAAAUGGAACAUUUGAGAAAUAUGCUGUGGGCAAUGUUAGCCCACACCUAUAGUAAUGCAUCAGUGAGUGAGUCACAACUUGAGUGAAGUCUGUUGAAAGACUACAAAGUUCACAGGGGUGCCUUUAAAACAGAUACCAAAUUACAGUACAAGUUGUACAGGAACAUUUUCAAAAGAACUGUAGCACUUCACCUGUCAACUGUUACUUGAUUAAUUGCACUUAUUUAUGUGAAUUUAUCUUUCUGCCUUUGAUGUUUUUAUGACUUGUCUAUGUCUUUUGUAUAUCUUUGUACCUCUUUAAACAGCCAAUAAAAAAAUGGGUAUUUUCUUUA